AGGGUUGUGACCCGGUCCAGUGGGAGCAUCUGGCCGGAGCCCAGUGGUAGAGCAGCCUGUUCGGGGAGCCUCCUCACCAGCCCCUUCCCGUGGUCCAGCAGUCCCUCGUCUGGAGAGACCACGAUGCUCUGCCUUGACCGUCGAACAUUCGAGAUGGGCCACACCGGCCGGGUACCAGGAAUCUUCAAGAUUCCAGGAGACGAAUCCCUAAGUGGCAGAACUUUCGGCAGCAGAAGAGCGUGUCCUGUCCCGGGAGGUCCUGUUUACCAGGACUGCCAGGAUGCCUUCCACGCCUUCCACCAGGACCUCAAUUUCGUGCGCAAGUUCCUGCAGCCCCUGCUGAUUGGAGAGCUGGCCCCGGAGGAGCCCAGCCAGGAUGGACCCCAGAAUGCCCAGCUGGUUGAGGACUUCCGAGCCCUGCGCCAGGCAGCUGAGGACAUGAAGUUGUUUGAGGCCAAGCCCGCCUUCUUCGCUCUCUUGCUGGGCCACAUCCUGGCCAUGGAGGUGCUCGCCUGGCUCACCAUCUACCUCCUCGGCCCGGGCUGGGUGCCCAGCACCCUCGCCGCCCUUGUCCUGGCCACCUCCCAGGCUCAGUGUUGGUGUCUGCAGCAUGACCUGGGCCAUACCUCCGUCUUCCGGAAGUCCCAGUGGAACCACCUGGCCCAGCAGUUUGUGAUGGGACAGCUGAAGGGCUUCUCUGCCCACUGGUGGAACUUCCGCCAUUUCCAGCACCACGCCAAGCCCAACAUCUUCCACAAAGACCCGGAUGUGACCGUAGCGCCCGUCUUCCUCCUGGGGGAGUCGUCGGUCGAGUACGGCAGGAAGAAGCGCAGAUACUUGCCCUACAACCAUCAGCAUCUGUACUUUUUCCUGAUCGGCCCGCCGCUGCUCACCCUGGUGAACUUUGAAGUGGAGAAUCUGGCGUACAUGCUGGUGUGCAUGCGGUGGAUGGACUUGCUCUGGGCUGCCAGCUUCUACUCCCGCUUCUUCCUGUGCUACAUCCCCUUCUACGGCGUUCCUGGGGCGCUGCUCCUCUUCGUCGCUGUCAGGGUCCUGGAGAGCCACUGGUUCGUGUGGAUCACGCAGAUGAACCACAUCCCCAAGGAGAUCGGCCAUGAGAAGCACCGGGACUGGGCCAGCUCUCAGCUGGCAGCCACCUGCAAUGUGGAGCCCUCGCUCUUCAUCGACUGGUUCAGCGGGCACCUCAACUUCCAGAUCGAGCACCACCUCUUCCCCACGAUGCCAAGGCACAACUACCGUAGGGUGGCCCCGCUGGUCAAGGCGCUGUGUGCCAAGCACGGCCUCAACUACGAGGUGAAGCCCUUUCUCACCGCCCUGGUGGACAUCGUUGGGUCCCUGAAGAAGUCUGGCGACAUCUGGCUGGAAGCCUACCUCCACCAGUGAAGGCGGCACCCAGGGCCCCAGCGACCACCAAGCCGGCCCAGGCAGGCUUGACUACUCCGCCCCACCCCCACCCCACCCCCCACCUGGCCUAGGGGGCCCUGCCCACCCUUCUGGAUCUGCUGUCCUCACCUCACCACCCCCCUCACCUGUCUGCUUGGCAGCCCUAAGGCCAUGGCUCUUGGCCAAACAGGACCAGGGCUAGGGGGAUAGUACAUAAAGCCACACAGCAUGGCAUGUUUUCCUAGAGCAAAAAUUUAGGAAAAAUGGUUAUUUUUAUAUAAAAACAAACACAGAAAAA